AUGCCCCCCGCUAUCCGAGGAGACAAACGCACGUUCUUCGAUAUCAGUGUCAACGGUGAACCUGUCGGAAGGAUUGUCUUCGCUCUCUGGAAUCAUGCCUGUCCCCAAACUGUGGAGAACUUCCGCGCACUGUGCACAGGCGAGCUCGGAAUUCUCUAUGGACACGAAGCAACAUAUCAGGGAUCGAUCUUCCACAGAGUCAUCAAAGGAUUCAUGAUCCAAGGUGGAGACAUCACCAUGAAAAAUGGCCAAGGAGGCUACUCUAUCUACGGACGCACAUUUGACGACGAGAAUCUCGCCCUGAAGCACAACAAGCCGUUCCUUCUCUCAAUGGCCAACCGAGGACCAGACACCAACGGUUCCCAAUUCUUUAUUACAACAGAAGAAGUGCAACAUUUAGACGGGAAACACGUGGUGUUUGGUGAGGUCAUCAAGGGACAGGACGUGGUGCGCUUCAUCGAAAACCUUGAGACAGGAGACGAGGACAAGCCGCUUCACAAAGUCCAAAUCACUCACUGUGGUGAGAUGGUCAAGAAGGGAGACGCCAAUCCUCCAGCAAAACAGGCAUCAGCCGUUGAAGAAGAACCGACCGGCUGCAAAAUGGACGACGAGCCACGUACCAUAAAUUGGCUGAUGAGACGCUCCAAGUCUCCAGAGCGCGAUGGAAAGAAGAAGGAUCGCAAGAAUCGAGACCGAAGCUCCGACAGACAUCGCCGAGGUCGCGAUGCACGGGAUCGUCGGUCCAGGUCAAGAAGCCGCAGUCGGGACGGGCGUCGAGGACAAGAGGAGCCUCGCAAGAGACCCACAAUCGUCAAGGAUGGAGUGAAAAUCCGAGGACGUGGAAAGCUCACCUUCAACAGUGGGACAAGAGACCGCUCCAGGACACCACCACACUGGAAAAAAGAGGAGAGCAAGAAGCUGACUUUGGAGGAGCACAAGAAGCGUCAGGAGGAGCUCGAAGAGCGCAAGAAACUUCAGGCUCUCCGUGAGAAGGAAGAUGAAAGUCGCCGUUUGCGCCUCGAGAAAGAACGCCAGGAGCGUGAAGCUCAACGUGAACUCAGUCGCCAAAAGGAAGAUGCGAAAAGAGAGCUCGAACGUCAAGAGCGAUCCGCUAAAAAAUCUCGCGGACGUUCUCCGAGCAGCAGCUCAUCUAGAAGUGCAUCUCCCGUGACAAAGAAGGAGAUCGAAUCGGAUCGUGAAGAGACCAAGAAAAGAUCCAGAUCGUCCUCAAGAUCCUCUUCGUCUUCCGGAUCUUCCUCUUCAUCGAAGUCAACAUCAGGAUCCGACUCGGAUUAA